AUGAGAGACGAUAGGGUAAGGCCCUAUAACUUAACCUUGAUAAAAGUUGUAUAUGCUUGUGCGGAGAUAGGAACUCUUAGGAGUGGAGUUCAGGUCCGUGGAGUUGCUUUGAAAUCGGGACUUGAAACUCAGUUGCAAGUUAGAAAUGAAAUUCUGAAUAUGUAUUGUAAAUGUGGAGAUAUUGGAAGUGGUGAAGCUUAUUUCCAGAGUAUGAUGAUGAUCAAAUUUCGAGACAGGGCUGUGUCUAGUUACGAGUAUAUGAUUAGGGGUUAUGGUCUCCAUUUCUAUAAUCGAAAAGCCUUAACUUGUGAAUUAUAUAACUCCAUGAUUUAUGAUUACGGUAUUACACCUCUAGAGGGUCAUAAAAUCACCAUGGAAACCCUUCUAGGACGCACUGGUCGCCUUAGUGAAGCAAUUUCCCUCAUAGCUUUUGAAGAGCUGAAGAAGAUGAAUGCUUUAUCUGGGGGAGCAGUGAUACAGAUGAGGAAGUUGUUUCUUCGUGAUGGCAGAUAUCAAGAUGCCUUUGAUCUUGACCGCAAGUACGGCAAACUCUGCAAGCAAUUUGCAGGAUGGAGUAUGAUUGACAUUGAUGAUGACAAGCUCCCGAUGGGUGAGAUUAUUGAGAUUGAGUGGGGCUUUAUGAUUGGUUCUGAUUAG